AUGGACAAACCGCAGGAAACCAGCAAGCCAAAGCCGGCUCCAAGCCCUCGACCCCCUCCAGGCCUUCACACAUCCAGCGGUCCACCGCCGAAUGCCCGCAAAGACGACCCCAUCUACGCCUCGUCCCAACCAUCCACUCUCCAGGGCCCAUACCAGCCCCGCACACCUGAGAAGCCCUUCUCCAUACAGUCCCGACUCCCACCGCUCUCUACCAAUGAUAAAGAUGAUGCUACCGGACCCCAGACACCUCGUACCGGUCGAGCCAACUGCUCUAUGCACGCUGGCUCCCAAUCGCAAAAUGCGACACAUACCACAGCACGCUCCUCCAAGCCUCUGACUCCUGUACAGGCACAACCAGAUGACAACACAGAAAUGGCCAACACCGGCAACCAACAAGAAGGGCACCCCAGAAGCGCCUCCUCCAAUGAGGACCUGUAUCUCGACGACAGACAGGUUGUCACAUUCGAUGAAGCCAUCGCCACCAUGCCCAUCCCAGAUGUCGGCCUUCCACCUGUAUGCCUAAGUGACCCCAACUACCUACACCACAAACAGCUCCGAGAACAGCUUCUCAACUGGGAAGUUCUCCCAGGCUACGUUGUCUUUGCCGUCUGCUUCUGCGCUACCUUAUGGACUGAUGAAGAACAGACAGUCUUUCUUCUCAAGCAGACACUCCACGACCUUGGGUUCACCGUCGCUUGUGUUGCUGCCCCGUGCGCAGAUGGUCACCGUCGCUCCGAUGGCCCAUUCCUAUACGCUAUCUACAACCUGUCCCAGCAGGACCACGACACCCUCUUGGACCGCUUCUGCUGGUCCAUGGCCCUAUGCACCUUUUUCUGCUAG